ACAACGAGCGGAAUACACAAUAAAAACUGUGUUAAAAUAAGAAAAAAUCUAUGAGCAUUUUUAAUAAUAUUGGAAAUAUUUAUCAAAAGCUAAAUUAACUAUAGUGAAAAAAUUGUAAAAAGGGGAAAACGGAAAAUAUUAACAUUUACAUGUUGAAUGAGUAAACCCAGUAAAGCGUGAAGAGUUUUUGUUUCUCAUUGCUACUGACUUGUACAUUUUUGUACGUUGUGCGGGUGGAUACAAACAAAAAUAUGUAUACAUAUUUAUAUACAAUUAAAUUACUUCAAUACCAAUUAUAUAAUAUUAGUGACGCGACCUAAAUAAAGUAUACAAAAAAUACCCGAAAUUUAAUUGGAUAUAUCCUAAUGUGUUUUACCACAAGCGCAAGUACUAAUCAAUAGCAUAUAGCCAUACAUAUGUAUAUAGUGUGUAUCCAGGAAUAUAUGCGAUGUACAGUUCAUAGCUUAGCCAAAGCGAAAUUUUUGUACACAAAAUGGGAAUAAAUGCAUAUGUAGCGGUUAUAUAGCCGAUUGAAGUGCAUUUGCCAAAUUUUAACCCAUUUAGAAUAAAGUAAAGAAUUCUUAAUUGAAUGGGAGUAUGGCCACGAUCAAUGCAAAUCCUAUCAGUAGCAGUUGCCAAAGUAUCACCUCGGCUGGCGGCCCGAGUGCUGGCAGUUUGGGUACGAUUGUUAUUGGCAGCGCGACACCAGCCCAACAACGUUCAACAAGCCACUAUGUCAACGGUACUGGCAGUUUGGGUCGUCUUAAGUAUCACAAUAAACACAAGAGUCUGGAUGCCAGUGAUGAGGAGCUCGAUUAUUCGCAGAUGUCACAGUCAACGCAUGUCAUUGGACGUGUCAGAUCGGAACGUUUUUUAGCAACGAAACCCGAUGAAGAUCGUCGUAGACGUACCAUUAUCAUUGAAAAGAAGAAUGACUCGUACGGCUUCACACUGCAGAGCUAUGGCAUUCAUUAUAAGAAGGAUCAAGAAGUAGAAAUGAUCACUUAUGUCGAUUAUGUGGAAUAUGAUGGACCGGCUUAUAAGGCCGGUAUGCGUGAAGGUGAUGUUAUACUCUCGAUAAACGGUAGUGAUAUGGAGAAAGCUGAUCAUAAGACAAUUGUCGAUUUUAUAAAGAGCUGUGAUACGCGCAUGCGUAUGGUUGUGCUUUUUGAAGACUGUGUGCGUAAGGUGGAUCUCCACAUGCGCUAUAUACAAUUACAAAACUUAUUGCACAGCAAAAUGAAUGAACUGGAGCGAAUUUGCCUGCGAGAACGUGAACUACUCGAAGGCAAGUGGAAGACACAUAGCUUACCAGCGCGCAAAAAAGCCAGCACGUCACCGACUGACGCCGAAAGCCGUACAUCGCCAACAGAUGGUGAAAAUUUGCCGUACUAUCGACCGGCACUUUCCACCGAAGAUGUUCCCAGCAUGGCAAGAUUUCAGUCGCAACAGCAGGCUAUCAUACCGCCACCAGCGCAAUUUACACUCACCUAUCAUUACUUGGAUCCGACCUAUCGUUAUGUAAUGAAACCGGUCACAUCCAAUAGCAGCGGCGAGCAUUUAGCUACCUCCAGCUGUGGUAAUGAAGGCAUACAGCGUAGUCCAAGUGAUCAGCACUUUAUUUUACGUCAUACAGAAUCGGUUGACACGGCCACAGGCUUGGCGAGUCUUUCCCAUCGCAGCGUCUUGAGUCAAGCACAGAGCGGAGCCAGCGCACAAGCUCCAGUACCGCCACCGCGAACAUGUGAAAAGCAUAAGCCGCCAAAUAAACAGCACUCAGUGGAACAACAGCAUUACCAACAACAACAACAACAGCUGCAGCAGCAGCAACAUCAACAAACCACAACGCCAGUUAUGUCACAAAAGGCACACAAGUCCUCAAAGCAUUGUUAUGGCCAUUCGUGUAAUCCCUGUAUCGGUCACUUUCGGUGGAAAUCGGCAGAAAAAGCAGCGGCUACUGCUGCGGCUACAAUGGGUGCUGCUGGCGGAAUAACCAUCGCAGGGGGCAAUGGUAAUGGCAAUGGCGACAAUAUCAGUUUAGAUGCCUAUGAUCUGGCAAGCCCGUGCUGUGAUGCACAUUGUGUGCCAACGCGACGUCGUACACGUCAUAAGGAACAUACACACAAGCAUAAACAUCGUGAUCGCGAGCGUGAUUCCAAGGAACAUCCAUCUAGACCUAAGUCGCAGACUUCACACACCUCGCCGGGUAUCACGCGUCAUCACAUGCAUCAUCAUCAUCAUCAUACCCCACAAGAAAUCCUGCAACAGCAGCCACAGCAACAACAACAGCAGCAACAUCAUCACCACCAUCAUCUUUCACCACAACAACAUCAACAGCAACACCAACAUCUUCAACAGUCACAGCCCCAGCCACGCGGUAAUUGCGAUUCUCAAAAUGGCAGCAUGCGCUCUCGUUAUUAUGAUUUGACCACCGGUCUAAUGAGCCACUGCAGUCUACAUUCUUGUACAUCGAGUGAAUUCGCGCCAGCCGACUCUACUUCAUAUACCACAUCGCUUAGUACGGACACCUUGUACUGGGAUCCAAAGAGUGAGCAUUCAGCAUCUCGACAACACUCCACCAAAUCUCGCCAGUCUUACCAACAAUACCCGCAACAACAUGCACAACAGUCGCAACAACAGCCGCAUACACAACACCAUCAACAGCCAACGGCGCACGUACACGGCGUCUAUCAACAACGUUAUCACAUUACUGCCACACAAGUGCAACCUUCGCAAAUCUAUCCACAAGCCACAUACGUGCAAAAGCCGAAGUCUUGGGAUAAUCUGACAACUAAAGCGGUGGGCGGUUACGGCUUUGGCUAUGGCUACUUGGACACGGUGACCGUAAAACCCGCUAUGAAACUACAAAUCGCACAACAACGUCACUCCAUACCACGUAAAAAUCCCUACGGUCGCUACUCCACUUACACCGAUGUAGAAAACUAUGCGCCACCGCCAUCCCAAUUCGUCGAAGAACUUAUUACGACAACGACUACAACGAAGAUUAUGGCUAAAUCAACGGAAGAACUGAUUGCAGCACCGGUGCCGCAAACAACGUGUGAUUGUAUGACGAAGCAACAACAACAAGCCCUCAAGGCGGCACAAUAUCAAAUUAAUCAGGCGGCAAAAGUUUCGCAUCACAACAACUGUCAAAUGGGCUACUAUUCACAUUUACCACGUCCGACAUUGGACGCCGGCACUUCCACAGUGCAGACGACAACAACUGGUGUUUCGGGAGAUGUGGCGACAGUAUCCGAAGUGACACGAUUGUAGGCCACGCUCGUUUAGACCAAUCAAAUAGGAAAGUGAAAGUUGGUCUAAAUAAGAAUUUUUUACGAUGCAAAGGAUGAGAUAGUAGAAAGUGGAAAAGGGCAAACAAAAAUUUAGUUAAGGUCGGCCAAGGCAAAUUUAGAAGCUUAUUGAAGACUUUCAGAUGAAACUCUGGUGUUGUAGUUGAGUUCAGGACUACGGACUUAAUAUCGCCACAAUUUUGUAGAUACAAGCUAUGUGGCUUAAAUAAGAUAAUCUUAAGCACAAUAUAUUGGUGUGACUGGCAUUAUUCAAUUGGAGUUUUUUAAUUCCGAUAAUAGGUCUGUAAAAGCUGGACUUAAAAAUCAUCGGCGUUUUAUUUCUAUUUGUUGCUUAACAUCGCGCUUAUAUGGAAUAUAGAUUAAAAAUUUAUGAAAGCUAAGUUACACAGAAGGAACCAAACAAUUUUAUACUUCAAACUGCUGCAAGUCUGUUGAUAAUCUGCGGCAUAAGUGUGCUCUAAGGAAUAUACGAUAGGAGCGCAAUACAAUGGAACUAAAUAAAUAUAUGAAAUAAACGUGUAGAAUCAUUUCUAGGAACCCAUACAAAUUUGAAGAGGAAAAAAGUGCUAAAAAUUUUUUAUAACAAGGCAGUAAUACAUUAGUUCAGUUAAUACUUAGUUAGGUUACGUUGAAAUCCCAAAUCAUAGUUUUGAAAAAAUAUAUAUAUAUGGAAAAUAGUCCUUUUUUUAAAUUUUUUUUUGCCUUACUUGAGUGUCUAUGAAGAUAAUGCCAAAUUCCAUUUCGUACAAAGUUCUCUGCAUAAGUACUGAAGGAAAUUUUUAUUGAAGAAGGGUUUAAAAGAAAAGUAAACCGUACUUAUGACUAUGUUCAUAUAUAUGUAUGCAUAACCUUAGAUAUAAAACAUUAAUGAGACAAAGAAACUAUAAAACGUACAGCCAAAUAUAUUGACAUAAAUAUUAUAUUGCACAAUAUACUGAAAUUUUACUCAUCCGUUACAUACAACGAUAUUACAAGAAAACGAACCGUUACACGAGUCAAGUUUUAAGCAUUUUUUAGCGAAACUCUCGAACAGAUUUUAAAACGUAAAAAAAAAGACUCGAAUAGUAAACAAUGCAAUAACAAAUUUGUAGAAGUUUAUAUGUACUUAUAUGCAUAUUGUGUUUAUGUAUGCUUGUGUAGAGUAGAGCUGUGGGCAGUUUUUUAGGCCAACCGAAGUAAUAAUAAUAAUAAUAGAGUUCCGAAACAAUUACUUUAAAGUUCAAACAGCCAAUUUAAAGAUACAAUGUAUGCCAGCAACAAAACGAUUUCGUUCAUACAGUGAGGGAAAAAAUAGUUUUUAUAGUUUUUUUUUAAUUACGGUAACUUAACUAUAGUUAUUGUAUAUACAUACAUAUGUAUUACGUAUGAAAUGUUACAACUAGUGCUCAUAUUUAACCAAAGAUAAAUAAAAUUUUAACAUAGAAGUUCAAGAGUAACUUUAUAAGCCUGCACUAAACUGCGAAUACGUUUCAGUAGUAUUAACCAAAAAUUUAAAAUAUAUACAAUUUAUUUAAUAUUUUGCCCAUAAAUUAUAGCUAUUAUCUUUUUUAUUGAAGACUGAAUUGCAUGCCCAUCUUUAGGUCUACUUAAAACUACUAAGUUUAAAAUUUUUUUGUUGCAACAACUUUCUCAAGAUUUUAACAGAAUAAUUAAAAGCAAAUGUUUUUAUUUGAAUGAAUUGUGAUAUUACAUAGCACAUACUGAAAUAUUAUAUACUUGUAAACUUUCUAUGAUUAUGUGUCUAUAGAGGCGAGAUCUUCUUAAUCUUAUGUGUGAAGCAGCAAUUUCUGCAUUUAGUCUAACAAUAUAAGCACAAGAAUAUAAUAAUAUUGAGGAAUAAAAAAAAUAUAUA